AUGCUCCCCAGACUCAUUUCAGAACAUCAAGGGGCAUUCUUCAAAGGCAAACACAUAGAUGAUGGGGUUUUGGAUUCUGGUGAACUGAUUGAUGCGAGGCUCAAAAGUAAAUCUCCUGGAAUCUUAUGUAAACUUGACAUUGAGAAGGCUUUUGACAACGUCAAUUGUCCUUGUAUGGAUACGAUUCUUCAAGACACAGGCUUUGGGGUCAUAUGGAGGAAAUGGAUAAAGUGGUCACUCUCGUACUCUCAAUCAUCAGUUCUUCUGAAUGGAACCUCCACAACUAAGUUCAAACACUUUAAAGGGAGGAGACAAGGGGAUUCUAUGUCUCCAUUCCCAUUCCUUCUAGUUGCUGAGAUAUUCACAAAGUUAUUGAAGAGGGAUGCACAACUUAAUAUGAUAACUAGUUUUCAAGUUGGAGAUAGCCUUCAAGUAUCACACCUUCAGUUUGCAGAUGAUACAUUGGUCUUCUUGGAUGCAUAG